AUGCUGUCCAGAUCUCUGCGGCCGGUCACGGCGCGAGUCUCGAAUCUUGCGACAAAUCCCAUUCGGUCAGCCGUGUUUCCAGGGCAUUUCAGCAUACGAACAAUCGCAAUUGCAACAGAUGUGACGACUUCGAUCCCCGAGCCCGCAACCACACCGUCUACCUCUGAAGCCAAGGCGCCUCGGGUCCUGCCCUACUUCAUCGGCCGCAACAAUUUUGGCGCAAUUCCUGCAUACCAUAGGGAGAAACGUGGUGGAAAUCUCAAGCUCACCAUUCUCAAAAGAGCUGAAGGUGACCUAAUGGCGCUGAAGCAAGAUCUCAAAGCUGCGUUACAACUAUCCGACGACGAAGUGUCCAUAAACAGUAAAACGAGGCACAUAGUAGUAGAUGGUCAUAAGCGUCUUCAAGUAUUGAACUUCGUGAAGACGAUGGGCUUCUGA